AUGGCCUUCACUUUCGCUGCCUUCUGCUACAUGCUCUCCUUGGUGCUGUGCGCUGCGCUCAUCUUCUUCGCCAUCUGGCACAUAAUUGCUUUUGAUGAGUUAAGGACGGAUUUCAAGAGCCCCAUAGACCAAUGCAACCCUGUUCAUGCGGUAAGUAGGUUAAGAUCAUUAUUGGAGUUAUGCUUCCUUUUCCAAAAUCUGGUGCUGCCAGAAUAUUCCAUCCACAGCCUCUUCUGCGUCAUGUUCCUGUGUGCACAGGAGUGGCUCACCCUGGGGCUGAAUGUUCCUCUACUUUUCUAUCACUUCUGGAGGUAUUUCCACUGCCCGGCAGAUAGUUCCGAGCUAGCCUACGACCCACCGGUGGUCAUGAACGCAGACACCUUGAGUUACUGUCAGAAGGAGGCCUGGUGCAAGCUGGCCUUCUAUCUCCUCUCCUUCUUCUACUACCUUUACUGCAUGAUCUACACUUUAGUGAGCUCUUAAAGACCACAAGCGUCGUCAGAGACUGGGACAGGAGAAGCUGCGGCUGAGACACGCACCUUCGCUGGUGGUUGGCGGCGGGACCCAGAGUGGGGAUGAGGGAGGAGGAGACCCAGCAGGCAGUUGGACGGAAUCAGGAACUGAAAUGGUGCGCGGCCAGUGGGCUGAGCUAAUUGUGCGUCUGUUGUUGCCCUGUGUCCCGUAGUCUUUGGCAUUCCAAACCCUACACGCAGCUUGUGUGUCCCUUCUGAGCACGGGGGCGGGGGAGUGGUGAUGAAACGCUCAAGCUCUCCUGAGUGGGAAUUGCUGCUUAUUGAAUCCAUGUCAUCAGACAGCUCCCUGCAAUUUCACCCUGCAUUCCGGGACCGUGAGAGUGGAGACCCAGAGGCUGGAAGAUGCCUGUUCAGGAACAGAA